GCUUAGGCAACCUGCAGGACAACGGGAAUAUACACCAACAUUGAACUGGCGCAGUCAGUGGAAGUUACAAGUCACCGUUGAAUAAACGCAUUGUAUCUCAAGUUUUACAAGUCGGUCAUACUUCUCUGCAAAAUGAGCAACCAAGCAGAUCAACUGGCGACCUUUAUUGACUUGACGAAAGCUCCUGAAGAUCGUGCAAGGUUUUUCCUGGAGUCAUCCGGCUGGCAAUUAGAGGUUGCACUGGCAAGUUUUUUUGAAGCUGAUAAUGAUACUGAAAUGGAUCGUGAUAGCCCAGAAGUAGUUCCUGUAGCUAUGCCGUCUGAACCUCAACUAGCUCCUGAACCACCAUCAAGACCAAGCGGUAGCAAGAAGGGCAAAUCGAAGAGUAAAUCUUCCUCGAGCAAUAGAGUGCGGACUCUUGCUAGUUUACGCCAAGAUUCUGAUGAUUCUGAUUCAGGGAAUGAGGAAGGACAAGCAUUUUAUGCAGGUGGAUCUGAUUCAAGUGGACAGCAAAUUUUAGGACCAUCUAAAAAUAAGAACAAGAUGAACAAAGAAGAAUUUGUAGCUCAGAUGUUCAAAUCAGUCAAAGAGCAUGGUGCUGAGGAAGUGGAUCCUAUUCGGCUCCCUGGUUCUGGUGGACCAUCAACAAGCAGUUUUGGAGGGAGAGGGUACCGCUUAGGACAGACUCCUGAUGACAUUGAAGAGGUAACCGCUGGAGGAUCUUCUCGACAACCUCCGCAAGUUAAUGUUACACUGAAAAUGUGGAGGGAUGGUUUCACUGUAAAUGACGGGCCCAUGCGAGGUUAUGCUGAUCCUGAAAACAAGGAGUUUUUGGAAUGUAUUCGAAAGGGUGAGAUCCCUCGUGAGCUAAUUCGAGAAGCAAGGGGCAGCGAGGUUCAUGUCAAUAUAGAAGCCCACUCACAUGAGGAGCCGCCAGCAUACAAAGCAAAAGUUAAAGCAUUUACUGGGAAAGGAAAUGUUCUUGGCAGCCCAGUCCCUUCUGCGAAUCCUCCUAGUGGCAUUCCAUCUGGCAUUCCUGAUGGUAGAACCAAAGAAGAAUUAGAGGCUGCUGCCAAACAGGAAGUUACUGUUGAUGCUUCUCAACCAAGCACUACAAUCCAAGUCCGCUUGACUGAUGGAUCCACCCUUGUUGCACGAUUGAAUCACUCCCACACUGUUGGUGAUCUUCGGCGAUAUAUUAACUUAGCUCGCCCUCAAUAUUCUUCAGCAUCAUUCAGCCUUCACACAACAUUUCCACGCAAAGAGCUGUCAGACAAUUCUCAAUCAGUUCAAGAUGCAGGACUACUUAAUGCUGCUGUGCUUCAAAGACUUGGAUAAACUCAUCUACAACAGGUACCAAAGCCCUUAUUUUCAGUGCAAUUGCAUAGUUUCUUUGAUUUGAUUUUUGUACCAUGACUGUGAUGUUUUAGAUGUGGAGUAAUUGGGUUAGAUAAGACCUUAUCUCAUAGUACACAAAUUAUGUAUCCUCCCUUUUGAAUGAUUCUUAACCUUAACCCAUUGAUUAGUUAUAUUUCAGUGUAGUUACAUUUUAAUGUAAACAGUUCAAAUUCUAUUCUUUUCACUGCUAUAGACAACAUAAUUUUGUUCAGACAGUGAAUAAUUAUGAGUUGAAUGUUGUUUUCUUUUUCAUUUGUGAAUGUAUUUGGGCAAAUCACAAGUUCACUGUUUCCUUGUAACUUUAAACUGUCUGACUUAACUAUUUUCCUGUAUAGAGUUAGGCAAUAAAUAGAGAUCGUCUCAUUUAA